AUGGUACUGACACGGCAGCACAGUGGUGCUGACCCGUUCAGUGCAUCGGCCAAGGCAUUCCAGCCGCCGCAAAAGUCAAGAGAGCACAUCGAGCACAAAGCGCAACGCGGCUUUGACCUGUCGAGCGAUGGCCUCGAACCUGACGAGCACCCGAGCAGCGAUGCCUAUAUACCCAUGGACUGGGAUUGCAACACGAUUCACACCAGCCCAUCCGCCUCGACAGGUCUGACGAGCUUUUCGAGCCAAGACUGCGCGAUGCCAAUGACCUCGCAAGUUUCGAUGACGGCUGAUGAAGAGACGGACUGGGAGAAUCUCAUCGCUGAUCGUAUACAGCUCGCUCGUGGCGAUCUCGAGCUAUCGCGACGUGCAUUGACGUGUAUACCAGACUGCAUUGGCGAUCUUGCGCAUCUCUUUUCGAUCCAGCAGACGACCUUUGCUCGGUCUACCUCGACGCCCGGUCUCGCCAAUAUCGCAGAAGAGCGAGACGGUGGCCGGCAGGCAAUGGCGACACGCAGCUUCAGACAGCGCGAGUGGUCUCGCUCACAGUCUGCCGCUGCAGCGAUAUCUUCCUCCUCGCUCGGCUCGACAAACGGCAAUGGCUCCGUGCAGCUCUUCCUCGCUACCAAUCGCCUGACUGCACAGAGCAUCUCACCGCGACUGUGGACCCUGACCAAUCUGACGGUGCUCGUCUUGCGCGACAAUCAGCUAGCCCAUCUCAGCAGUGGUAUCGGUCACCUCGUUCAUCUUGAGGAGCUGGCACUGGGCGGGAACCGUCUGACCUCCUUGCCCAGCGAGAUCCAGAAACUGAGACUGCGCACGCUGACAAUCUCGCCUAACCCGUUCUGGCGCUACAUCGAGCCGGAGACAGCCUCAGAGAGCGAUGCGCGGGUACUGAGCAACGUCGAACGACACUUUGCCGUCCCAAGCCUUGCAGAGAUCUGUGCUCGCAUGCUCAUGGCGCCAUCGCCAGAGCUCUCCUGGCCCGUCUACGAUCGUUCGAAGCCUCUCCUCACUGCGCAUGAUACGACGGACCUGCCUGUGCACAUGCAAGUCAUGCUCGGCUUGACUUCCGCCCAGAUCUCGGACGACAGUGGUUGGCGAGAAUGGUCGGCUUGUGCGAACGUGGCGUGUGGACGGUCUUUUCUUCAGGCAGCCGAAGAACGCGUCGAGUGGACGCACUGUGUUGCUGGCGUCGAAUUGGUGGCGAGCACAGAGGUCAGGGAGUAUGGCGUGCCCAUCCUCUGGCGCGGUUGUUCUGCUGGCUGCCUCGACUUUCUCACCUCUUGACUGCCCAGUCGAGAGUGUGUUGUUUGAUUGUAUGAUAAUGCAAGAAUACAACAGAGAUGCACAUCAGCUCGCCAUUUCGG